AUGGUAGCUGACUUCGACCAACCGGCCGCAAAGGUCAUAUCUCCCUUAAAGUUAGCCCAUGUUGUUUUGCGAACGAACAACUUCGAGCCGAUGGUGAAAUACUAUAAGGACUUCCUGGGAGCACAUGUGAUAUAUGAAAACAGCUUCCUGGCCUUCAUGAGCUACGACGACGAACAUCACCGACUGGCCAUUGCCGCGGUGCCCGGCACCAAGCCUAAAGACGUCAAGACAUGUGGGUUGGAACACACCGCUUUCACCUUCGACUCGCUCCACGACCUGCUUCUCUCAUACCGCCAAAGAAAGUUCAAGGGCAUCGAGCCGUUAUGGCCGGUCAACCACGGGCCCACGACGUCCAUCUACUAUCGUGACCCGGACGGUAACAUGAUCGAGACCCAGGUGGACAACUUUGAAACUGCAGAGGAGGCCACAUCGUUUAUGAACUCUAAGUACUUUGCUGAAAAUCCCAUCGGGACCGAUUUCGACCCUGAAGACCUUAUCAACCGCUUGAAUGCUGGCGCCAACGAGAAAGACCUCAAGGUGCGAGUGGAAAUCGGGCCUCGCAGCAUGCCGGAUUUCGACUAA